UAUUAUUUCAAGAUAUGGCUUCCAGGGUUCUUUUUCUUUUGUUUCUUGGUGCCCUUGCUUUCACCGGUAUUGGUGCAAGAAGUCUCGGGACUAAAGAGAGUUCGUUUAGGGAUGACAAGACAUUCUUUCAUGGUCAUCCGAAAUUUAGGGGAGGUACUGUUGGAGGAGGUGGUGGUGGUGGUUUCGGGGGUGGUGGAGGGUUUGGAAGAGGUGCUAGUGCUGGAAGCGGAUUUGGAGGAGGUGCUGGUUCCGGAGGUGGAGCAGGCGGAGGAGGACUAGGAGGUGGUGGUGGUGGAGGGUUUGGCGGCGUCGGCGGUGUUGGAGGAGGUUCUGGGUUUGGAGGAGGAGCUGGAUUCGGAAGUGGUGCUGGAACAGGUGGAGGAGCUGGAGGAGGUGGCGGUGGAGGGUUUGGGGGUGGUGGUGGAGGUGGGUUUGGUGGCGGAGCCGGAGCUGGUGGAGGGUAUGGUGGCGGAUCCGGAGCUGGUGGAGGGUAUGGUGGUGGGUUGCCUUGAAAACCUAAAACCUUCAACACAUACAUAACUGCAAAAGCUAGCAAUUUCCUUCUACUUUCACAUUAAGAACAUGCGUGCAUGUCACUGUAUUGAUCCAACAUCGUUUGGUUUUAGCUGUCUGAUUUUCACUAAUUUAAUCUGUUUUGCAGAACUAAAUAGUACUGCCAAAAGGGAUAUUAUUUUCAAAUAAAUAUAUUUAUUUUGUUUACUGUGUGAAGUUAUGUUGUUAGGACAUUGAUCUCCCGUCAUUAUUGUAACAAUCAAUCAUAAUAAGAUUAAAUCCUCUCAAUCUUCACUCCUUUUUACUGGUCUUGUAGCGCCACUACUGAC